AUGUCCGAAAACCUUUCAAUCGUCCGCAGCAGACUCAAUCGACCACUCACCUACGCCGAAAAGGUCCUUUACUCCCAUCUGGAUGAUCCGCACAACCAAGACAUCGAACGUGGUGUCUCAUAUCUCAAGCUUCGACCGGAUCGAGUGGCGUGUCAAGACGCCACUGCACAGAUGGCCAUUCUCCAGUUCAUGUCGGCAGGCAUGCCCUCAGUCGCUACCCCAACCACGGUCCACUGUGACCACUUGAUCGAAGCGCAGGUUGGAGGAGACAAGGAUUUGGACAGAGCGAAGAGCAUCAACAAGGAGGUCUACGAUUUCUUGUCCACCGCCUGUGCCAAAUACAACAUUGGCUUUUGGCGGCCCGGUUCCGGCAUCAUUCAUCAAAUUAUCCUCGAGAACUAUGCCUUCCCAGGUGGUCUGAUGAUUGGAACAGACUCUCACACGCCUAACGCUGGUGGUCUUGGCAUGGCUGCCAUCGGUGUUGGUGGUGCUGAUGCAGUCGAUGUUAUGGCAAACCUGCCAUGGGAGUUGAAAGCGCCCAAAAUAAUUGGCGUCAAACUUACGGGAGAGAUGUCUGGAUGGACUGCUCCGAAAGAUAUCAUCCUCAAGGUUGCCGGUAUACUCACCGUGAAAGGAGGUACUGGUGCGAUUGUUGAAUAUCACGGACCUGGUGUGAAUUCGCUCAGUUGCACUGGUAUGGGUACUAUCUGCAACAUGGGUGCUGAAAUCGGCGCCACGACUUCACUCUUCCCCUUCAACGACCGAAUGUACGACUACCUUGCCGCUACUAGGCGCAAGCACAUUGGAGACUUUUCUCGAAGUUACGCCGCGGACCUCCACGAAGACGAGGGCGCUGAAUACGAUCAGAUGAUUGAAAUCAACCUGUCCGAAUUGGAGCCCCACAUCAACGGUCCCUUCACACCCGAUUUGGCUACUCCCAUCUCCAAAUUCAAGGAUGCCGUCAAGGAGAAUAAGUGGCCUCAGGAGCUUAAGGUCGGUUUGAUCGGCUCUUGCACCAACUCUUCUUAUGAAGAUAUGACUCGUGCUGCCUCCAUUGCUCAAGAUGCCAUGGACCAUGGCGUUAAAGCUAAAGCGCUGUUUUGUGUCACGCCAGGCUCAGAGCAGAUCCGUGCCACCAUUGAGCGUGAUGGCCAGCUCAAGACCUUCGAGGAAUUCGGUGGCAUUGUCCUUGCCAACGCUUGCGGUCCCUGCAUCGGCCAAUGGGAUCGAAAGGAUGUCAAGAAAGGCGAGCCUAACUCGAUUAUCUCAUCCUACAACCGAAACUUCACCGGUCGUAACGAUGCUAACCCGGCCACUCACUCAUUCGUCACCUCUCCAGAUCUCACCGUGGCUAUGACAAUUGCAGGAGACCUGUUUUUCAACCCUCUAACUGAUACGCUGAAGGACAAGGAUGGAAAUGAGUUCAAGCUUAAGGCACCCACUGGUGAUGCUCUUCCAAAGAACGGAUACGAUCUUGGCCGUGACACCUACCAAGCACCACCUGAAGAGCGCUCCCAAGUCGAAGUCCAGGUCUCGCCAACUUCCGACCGUCUUCAGAUCUUGGAGCCUUUCGAUGCUUGGGAUGGCAAGGACCAAUUGGACCUACCCAUCUUGAUCAAGACCAAGGGCAAGACCACAACUGAUCACAUCUCCAUGGCCGGUCCUUGGUUGAAGUACCGUGGCCAUCUCGACAACAUCUCCAACAACAUGUUGAUUGGUGCUAUCAAUGCUGCCAAUGGUGAGGCAAACAAGGUCAGGAACUUCAAGACCGGUGAAUGGGAUGCUGUGCCAGCUACUGCCCGUCAAUACAAGAAAGAUGGUAUCAAGUGGGUUGUCAUCGGUGACUGGAACUACGGUGAAGGUUCAUCUCGAGAACACGCUGCUCUUGAACCGAGACAUCUUGGAGGUAUUGCCAUUAUUACUCGAAGCUUUGCUCGUAUCCACGAGACCAACUUGAAGAAGCAAGGCAUGUUGCCCUUGACCUUCUCCAACCCUGAAGACUAUGACAAGAUCAACCCAGAUGACAAGGUCGACUUGCUCGUCACUGGUUUGGAAGUCGGUAAGCCCUUGACCAUGAGAGUCCACCCCAAGGAUGGCGAACCAUGGGAUUGUGAGUUAUCACACACUUUCAACGAGGGUCAACUUGAAUGGUUCAAGAAUGGCAGCGCACUAAACACCAUGGCCAAGAAACACGCAAACUAA